AUUUCUAGACUCCCAACGCUUGCGACUAAACGCACAACCAAGGACUCGACGGCCCAACUGCACACGAUCGCGACAACUCUAGUUCCACACUAUCGCGACACUACCCAUCACCCAUCUGCCCCUAAGCACUCGGCUCGCCACAGCCACAGCCCCUUUCCACUCUUUAUCACCCGCGGCCUCGUUGAUGGCGCGCGCCAUAUAGGGUGAUUCCAUCGUCUCCAUCAACCGUCACCAUGACCGUAUCCGUCGACAAUCCACCACAACCCAAGAGCAGCCGGCCGCGAUGGAUGCUCCACGUCCAGGCGCAGUUUUGGCGCGUCCUCAUGGGCAUUGGCAUGAUGCUCCACCGCCUCGCCCGCCCACGACCCCCAAAGCCUGCCUUCCAUAGGGACAUCGAUGCUACCGUCUCGCCAUUGAAAGGCAAAUUCCGCCUCAACUUUUACGUGCCCAAGGAAUACAAGAAGCAUAAGAAGCUGAAGGGUACUAGGAAAUACCCUGUUGUCAUCAACUUCCACGGAGGCGGUUUCGUACUGGGGACUGCACACGACGACGCGCGCUGGUGCGGUGUCGUCGUCGAAGAGGUCGGAGCCGUUGUCGUCAGCGUCGACUAUCGCCUCGCGCCCGAGAACCCGUUCCCUACGGCUGUCGAAGACGGUGCCGAUGCGGUACUCUGGCUGGCGCAACACGCCGAGGAGUUGAUGCUAGAUGCAGAUCGGUUCGCCAUUUCGGGCUUCUCUUCAGGAGGCAACAUGAGCUUUACAGUCCCGCUGUGUCUGCAGGGCGAGCUCUUCGACCGAACGACAUCUGGCGCCAAGAUCAUCGAUGACCGCGCGGGCAACGUUCCCAAUGCCGUGGUUCAGCCUCCUCCUGCAUUUGGCCAAAACCUCACCCCGAACGGCUCCCGCGUCCCACUUGUUCGCCAAAAAUCACGCCUCGAUCGCAUUGCUAUGCUUCGCCAGACAGGCGCCUCCUCCCUAUCGCUCAUAUCCUCAUACAAAGACAACUCGGGUGUGUCGGUUAUGACGGAAGCGUCCAACACUGUUCUCAAGAUUAGAGGCAUAGUAUCCUUUUAUCCAUCAAUAGAUUACACGCAAACCCGCGCCCAACGCCGAGAGACGUGCUCGAGGGUUGACCAGAACCUCCCCGCUGUCUUCACCGAUCUCUUCGACGACUCCUACCUUCAACCACCCUCGCUCGAUCUCUCACACCCUUGGCUCAGCCCUGGCGUGGCACCAAAGCAUAUGCUUGCGGCACUCCCUGACGACAUUGUCCUCUUCUGUUGUGAAUGGGAUAUGCUUCUCGCUGAAGGCGAACGUUUCCGAGACCGCCUGCAAAAGGACCUCGGAAAGCGCGUGCAUUACCACUGUGUACCCGGGGUGCCGCACGGCUGGGACAAGGCGCCCAAUCCUCUUAGAGAGAGUCCGGGUGCUCGACAGCAAUAUAUGGUCGCAUGUAAGGAGCUGAAGCGUAUGUUUGACAUUGAAGAUGACGAGGACGACUCGCAUCAGGAUUUGCCAUGCAAGAAAUAUCAUAAAAGUGUCGACUUGGGUACGGCGGGUCAGCAGGCGCAGGCUCAAGAGUAAGCCAUGACCUUCUUCUUCAGCUAAAACUUUUGGGUAUGGGUUUAUAUGUCUCACAUGAACGGCGUUUGAUGAGUCUUUGAGACUGAGCGAUAUUUAGCAUACAUAUGAACGCGUUUCUUUUCCAUGCUGCAAAGGUUGGCAUAAUCUCGCCAUGUGCUGUGUGAUGUUGCUCCUUCCUGUGCCCACUCAGACGCCCUACUU